CUCGAAAGAGAAACUCCGCCGGGGGCCGCAGCCACUUCCCUCUCGAGGCGGGCGGGGCGGCGGGAGGAUGCCCGCCUCGUUGGCUUGCCCGCCCGCCCGCCGCUGACCGUCCCCUCCGCGCCCUUUUGUCUGCCCGCUCCGCAGAGACUCUCCAGCCCCGGUGGGCCGCCGCCGCCGCCGCCAGCCAAAAAUAUGAGCGGGACCAAAGAGCAGCCGGCCUCCGCCAAGGAUCAGCUGUCCGAGGAGGAAGCCGCCGGAGCCGAGCAGGACUGGGAAGCGGCCAAGGCUGCCUACGAGAGCUUCACCACCAUCAAGAGACCCCGGCCCCCCAAGCCUCAAAAUGCCAUCACCAUCGCGGUGUCGUCCCGGGUUCUCUUUGAUAUGGUGGAAGAGAGGAAGAUCUAUGAGGAACACGGUGUGGAAAAGUACGUGGAGUAUCAACAGUCGAAUGAGAGCGUCACGCUGAAGCCUGGGCCGGCUUUUUCCUUUGUGAAGGCACUGGAACAUGUCAAUGCCCGUCUCCGGGAACUUUACCCACAUGAUGAAGAUCUGUUUGAUAUCGUACUCAUGACAAACAACCAUGCCCAAGUGGGUGUGAGACUUAUCAACAGCAUUAACCACUAUGGUCUGUUAAUUGAACGGUUCUGUAUGACUGGAGGGAAGAGUCCCGUUGGCUACCUGAAGGCAUACCUUACAAAUCUGUACCUUUCUGCCGACUCUGAAAAAGUUCAAGAAGCCAUAGAAGCAGGAAUUGCAGCUGCCACGUUGUUUACAGGAAAUAAAAACAUCCCUCAUGAUGAUAAGCAACUCCGAGUGGCCUUUGAUGGGGAUGCCGUUCUGUUUUCCGAUGAGUCUGAAAUCAUUGUGAAAGAGCAUGGCCUGGACAGGUUUUUUGAGCAUGAGAAGAUAAACGAGAACAAGCCGCUGGCACAGGGUCCUCUGAAAGGUUUUCUGGAAGAUCUUGGAAGACUACAGAAGAAGUUCCAUGCAAAGAACGAACGUUUGGAUUCCCCAAUCAGGACUUUUCUGGUGACAGCUAGGAGUGCUGCUAGUUCCGGAGCACGAGUGCUCAAAACUCUCCGCACCUGGGGGGUACAGAUUGAUGAAGCCCUCUUCCUCGCUGGGGCCCCCAAGGGUCCAGUUCUGGCAAAAAUCAGGCCACAUAUUUUCUUUGAUGAUCAGAUGUUUCACAUAGAGGGAGCACGGCAAAUGGGUACUGUUGCCGCACACGUGCCAUAUGGCAUUGGGCAGAAAUACCACAAAUCCAAACUCAAAGACCCUGCUGACAAGAAAUAGUUCUCUUCCACUUUAGCGUCCAGUGGGCUGUUAAGUUUCAUUUUUCAUAACUAUAGGAACCUUACAUUGUGAAAGCAUUGCCCCAUUUUUUGAUCCAUUUCCAGGUAUUUUGAUUUUUUUUACUCUACAGACGGUUUUGGCAAAAAUAAAAACACGUUAUAAGCUGCUAAACAGAUUAAUGUGUUAUUCAACCUCAUUCUAGUUGGGGAUUUUUAAUAUUAGAAAACAUCUGCACUGUACUGUAUCUCUGUGCUCGAGAGAAACCCUGAAAUGGCUCACUGGUACGUUUGCACUGCUGUAUGAUCGGAUAGAUAGUGCCUAAUGCACACAGCUGCAUACAGACACCUUCAGUAUGGGGUCUUGUAGGUGUUGUUGAAUUGUUAGAUGUAGUCUGCUCUUUGCUGUACAGCAGGCUUUUGCAUAGGCAGUAGAUCAGAUCAUGAGAGCAGCUCAGGGUCAGGUCAACAGCAUGCAAUCCAGAAUUUUAUUGAUUUGAACCGUAUGUUGAUGGCUUAGUAACUCUGAAUAGAUUCUUAGUGCAUUACUUUGAACUAGAUCACUACUGCCUUAAGAAAACACUCUCCCUGCAAAUACAAAACAGUCACCGGCUGCUGAGGGAACAGUGUGUCAGUAACUGUGUUAUGUGUCUUACUUUGUGCAAUCGUGCUGUAAAUCAAUUAGGAAAUGUCGGAAUUGUUGAUCUUGUUAUUCGGGAGGGGCUCUUUUUCAAAAACUAUUUUUCCACUUUAAUAAAAGCUGGCUUUAGGAA